CUCUUUAUAAACCAUCACCUCCCUCCACAGCGCGCCGCUCGAGCACACAGCUGCAGACCAGAGAGACGCACACAAAUCAGAGCGGGGGGGCGAGGAUGAAGGUGGAGGUGGUGGAGACGACGCUGGUGCCGCCGAGCGAGGCGACGCCGCGGCACGCGCUGUGGCUGUCCAACCUGGACCUGGCGGUGCCCAAGACCCACACGCCGCUCGUCUACUACUACCCGAGGCCGCCCGACCCCGACCCCGAGCCCGACGCCGACGCGCCCGCCGGGGAGGGGUCGUUCUUCGACCCGGCGCGCCUGCGGGAGGCGCUCGCCAGCGCGCUGGUGGCGUUCUACCCGCUGGCGGGGCGGCUCGUGGUCGGCCAGGGCGGGCGGAUCGAGAUCGACUGCACCGGCGAGGGCGCGCUGUUCGUCGUCGCGCGCGCCGACUUCACCGGGGACGACAUGUUCAGGGACUUCGAGCCGUCCCCCGAGGCGCGCCGCCUGCUCGUGCCCUUCGCCGAAUCCGGCGACCCGCCCUGCGUGCUCGCCAUGGUCCAGGUGACCUUCCUCAAGUGCGGCGGCGUGGCCGUGGGCACGGGCAUGCACCACGUCACGAUGGACGGCGCGGGCGCGAUCCAGUUCAUCCGGGCGUGGACGGCGCUGGCGCGCGGGGAGUCCCCCACGUGGGCGCCGUCCCACGACCGGACGCUCCUCCGCGCGCGCUCCCCGCCGCACGUGCCCUUCGAGCACCCGGUCUACUCGCCGGCCUACCUCAACGGGUCCCCGCGUCCCUUCGUGACGCGCGUCUACACCGUCCCGCCCAAGCUCCUGGCGGGCAUCCGGUCGCGGUGCGCGCCGGGGGCGUCCACGUACUGCGCGGUGACCGCGCACCUGUGGCGCGCCAUGUGCGUGGCGCGUGCGCUCCCCGCCGACGGCGAGACGCGGCUCCGCGUGCCCGCCAACGUCCGGCAGCGGCUCCGGCCGCCGCUCCCGGCCACCUACUUCGGCAACGCCAUCGUGCGGGACCUGGUGACCGUGAAGGUGGGCGACGUGCUGUCGCAGCCGCUCGGGUUCGUGGCGGACCGGAUCAAGCGCGCCGUGUCCCGCGUCGACGACGCCUUGGUGCGCUCCGUCGUCGACUACCUGGAGCUGGAGGCCGAGAAGGGCAACCAGGCGGCGCGCGGGCAGUUCAUGCCGGAGUCCGACCUCUGGGUCGUCAGCUGGCUCGGCAUGCCCAUCCACGACGCCGACUUCGGCUGGGGCCGCCCCGGGUUCGUGGCGCCCGCGCAGAUGUUCGGCAGCGGCACGGCCUAUGUGACGCAGGGCUACGACAAGGACGACCCCAUCAACGUCCUCUUCGCGCUCGAGCCUGAGUACCUGCAGACCUUCGAGAAGGCAUUCUACGGGGAGUGACCAUGACCGUGACUGAUCGACCAGCCAUGGCGAGGUCUAUAGAGGAGUGGGAGAGCCAGUCGUCCCGCUGUGGAUGCGAAGUGAUUGUGAUGCCGCCGUGGUAACUUCCAUCGGUUCGUGUGGAGAGUUGGUCCAUGUGCAUCGAUCUGCUGGGGGCCUCUACUGUACUAUAUCGUAGUGCAUGUUUCGAGAUGCAACUCGAUGCUUACCGUGACACUGUCUGGGUGGCUGUAUAAGUGUGAUAAGGCGCUUGGUUCCAGGUUUCUAGUAUGCCAAGUCACCAAACACAUUCUGUCCUAAAUAUCUACAUAAAAAACUGAAUGACAAAUUGGAAA